GCGGCCGAGUAAAACCACACGAAGUUCAGGAAGAGGAGACGGCUGGUGACUAAGACUUCCUCCAUUCGCCUCGACUGUCUGCGGCCUCCUGUCUGUGACAGAUAGUUUAAUGGCCACCACACCAGUACCUGCCAUGGCUGAUCAAGAGUCCCGAGAGGACCCGCCCCCCGCCGCCGCCGCACCCGCCGCCGUACGGCCCAAACGCGUGUCCCACCGCGGGCGCAGCGCAGGAGCCAGAGCCAGCUCGAAUCAACAAGAGGGCAAAGUGGAGGAGUUUGAGCCCUUCAUGCUAAUGCCCAGAGGACCGCCUCCACUCAAUGAGUAUCUCGAUGUCUGGGACGUGGAUGUGCUGAAACGACCCCAAGAUCUCAACAAACAAGAGCACCACACACACCUGUACUCCAGCGACUUCCUCAUCGUGCGUCGGGCUCAAGAGUUCCAGAUCAAGAUCACAUUCAACCGGCCCUACAAACCGGCCGAAGACAAGUUUGCACUUGAGUUUGUCAUAGGGCCGAGUCCUCAGUACAGUAAGGGCACAUACAUUCCCGUCUUCCCCACUGCGGAUCGACAGAGCGUUUGGAGGGGUCGGGUCGUAGAGACCAGCGACAAUGUUGUCACGAUGGGCAUCACACCCUCACCAGAGUGCAUUGUGGGAAAGUACGUGAUAUAUAUCGGUGUGGUGACGCCCUACGGCAUCCGCAGGACCAGGAGGGACCCGAGCACCGACGUCUACAUCCUUUUUAACCCGUGGUCAUCAGCUGAUGCUGUGUUCUUGGAUGACGAGGAGGAGCGUGAAGAGUGUGUUAUGAACGAGCUGGGGAUCAUCUAUCAUGGAGCGUACGACGACGUGUCCGAACGGGCCUGGAACUACGGACAGUUUGAGUUUGGUGUCCUGGAUGCCUGUCUGUUCAUUCUGGAUAAAGCAGAUAUGCCGCUGUCCAACCGUGGUGACAUCAUUAAAGUGACCCGCGUCGCCUCGGCCAUGCUGAACUCCCGUGAUGACGACGGCGUGUUGGUGGGAAACUGGAGUGGAGAUUACACAUACGGCGUCCCACCGACGUCCUGGACCGGCAGCGUGGAGAUCCUCCUGGACUACGCCAACAGCAGAGGAACACCGGUCUGCUACGCACAGUGCUGGGUCUACGCCGCCGUCUUCAACUCCUUCUUGCGUAGUCUCGGGAUCCCCAGCAGGGUCGUGACAAACUUCUUCUCCGCCCACGACAAUGAUGGAAACUUGAAGAUGGACAUCAUUCUGGACGAAAACGGAAAACUGGACCGGAAUCGCACCAAGGAUUCAAUCUGGAAUUAUCAUUGCUGGAACGAGUGCUACAUGGCGAGACCUGAUCUGCCCUCUGGCUUUGGAGGAUGGCAGGUUGUGGACGCUACGCCACAGGAGACGAGUGAUGGUAUGUUCAGGUGCGGACCCGCAUCAGUAGCUGCCAUUAAACACGGCCAGAUCUGCUACCCGUUUGAUGCCCCUUUUGUCUUCGCUGAGGUGAACAGUGACGUGGUGUUUUAUCGUAGACAUAAAGACGGCACAUUGGACGCGGUGAAGGUGAACACCUCUCACGUGGGCCGCAUGGUCCUGACCAAAGCCGUGCUGCACGAUGGCCGUCGAGACAUCACCAAUCAAUACAAGUUUCCUGAAGGGACCCCAGAGGAGCGGCGUGUGCUGGAGAAAGCGGAGGAGUUCGGCUGUCAGAGGGAGAAAUCCUCCCUUCCUAAGGGAGAUGUGGAUGUGGAGAUCCUUAAUCUGGACGUUCGCGUAGGGGACGACUUUGACGUGACACUGCAGUUUAACAACCGCAGCGACCAGCGGCGCAGUGCAGACGUGUACAUCACCGGGACGGUGGUGUAUUACACCGGAGUCCCGAGCGGCGAGGUUGUGUUUAAGACUCCCAAAGUGAAACUGGAGCCACAGCAGAGUAAGGAGGAGAAAGUGUCUGUGCGCGGCGUGGACUACAUGCACAAACUGGUGGAACAGGGAAACAUCCACUUCAUCGCUACAGGAAAGAUUAAAGAGACGGGACAGAUCAUAACAGCGAUGAAAGUCAUCACCAUGCACAACCCCAAACUCAUAGUGACGGUGACCGGUUCUCCAAGAGUUAGCGAGGAAAUGUACGUGUCAGUCGAGUUCACCAACCCGUUUAAGUUCAGUCUGGAGAAUGUGGAUCUGCGUAUGGAGGGUCCUGGAAUCAUGGCCUUUAAACACAAGCUGUACAGUCUGAUUUCUCCAGGCACCUCUAUAACGUGGACGGAGACCUUCAGCCCCCGCCGGGCCGGCUCUACUAAACUGAUGGCGAGUCUAGACUGCGCUGCGCUCCGACAGGUGUACGGAGAGACUGAGCUCACCAUACAGCCCUGAACACACAGAGGAUGAAGCGGAGAAACACACACAUCUGUAGUCUUUGACCAAAGAGAGAAACCAUAUAAACUCCAGCAUAGCAUGUACUCUAUAAACAUACUGAAGCAUGUGACCAGUGCAUUAUAUUAUGUUUACUCAAAAAUACAGUUAUUACAAUUAAUAUGUUCUUAUAUCCGUAGAUUUAAAAUAAAAUGAUUUAACAAAUCAACAAAAAGUUUUUUUCUUGACCAUAAAAUGCUUAAGAGGAAAAUAAGCACAGAAAACAAAAA